GGUCGAAUCGGCCGCCGCCGGCUUUGUACGUCACAGCCCGGUGUGGUGGCCGCCGCGGCCUGGGCCGAGCUCCAGGACGAAGCGCGCGCGGCGCUGUCGACGCCCGCGUACGCUCGCUUCGGCAUGGAUCGCUUCCUCUUCGGCGAGGUACUCACGCACGGGUCGCUCGCCGAGGCGCUCGCGCACGAGCUCGGCUCGAAGUUCACGGCGAACGACACGGACAAGCAGGUCCGCUUCGAGGAGCUGCUCCUCCACGCGUUUACCGAGGACCCGACGCUCGCGGACGCGGCGGCGGCAGAUAUGAGGCGCUUCGUCGAGGUCGACCCGGCGUCCGACGGCAUCCUCGACGUCCUGCUCUUCUUCAAGGGCUUCCAGGCGGUGCAGUGCGCGCGCGCCGCGAACUAUUACUGGCGCGAGGCGAACGGCGAGGGCCGGGCGAUCGCGAAGCUCCUGCAGAGCGAGAUGGCGGACGUCUUCGGCGUCGACAUCCACCCGGGCGCCGUGUUCGGCCGCGGCGUCACCAUCGACCACGCGACGGGCGUGGUCAUCGGUGUGGAAAUCAAAAGUUUUACGGCGCGUUCGUCGACCUCCACACCAUCGACGCGACGCCUGCUCGAUGGCACACAGGUCGUCAUCGGCGAGACGGCGGUGAUCGGCGACAACGUCUCGAUCAUGCACGACGUCACGCUGGGCGCGACCGGCACAUCGCCGGACCACGACCGGCACCCGAAGGUCGGGAACGACGUGCUCAUCUGCGCGGGCUCCAAGGUGCUCGGGAACAUCGAGAUCAGCGACGGCGCCGUCGUGGCCGCGUCCGCGGUCGUCAACAAGCCGGUCGCCGCGGGGCACACGGCCGUCGGCAUCCCGGCGAGGCACCUCCCGCCGCGGGCCAAGAAGGUCCGAAAGCAGGAGCUCUAG